UAGGCUUAUAGCUGUCAAUCUAUCAAUGACUGCACGUUUCAUACAUUCGAGUGAAUCGCGAUUUGCAAAAAUAAUUUACCAAUAAAUUAUAUAUCACAUUAUCACAACAAUAGUAAAUCAUAGCCAUUUAAAAAUGCUGCAUGUUUUGAGUUGUUUCCGAUAUACAGCUUUCACCCGUUCGAUCACAUGCACAUCGGUAUCACUAACAAAACAAUGGAGACUUUCUAAAGGAUUAUCGGCAAACAAAAAUGCUGAAGGAAUUUUAACGGACGGCCCAGACUAUACAUUUUUGGAUGGGAGACCUACUCCACUACUAAAAAAACAAAAAGCGAGAAUGGAGCAACAUCAGCAAUAUGCAGCACGGAUAGUUCAGCUCUGUUCUGAAGUUGAUUUUGCCAAAACAAGAUAUGCAAACAAAAUACAAGCUGCACAAGACGAAAGGGAUAAUAUAUUGAGGAACCGAUUGAAACCGAAGGGAAAGCUCCUGAAUGAGAAACAUUCGUAGAUUAAGUUGUUAAAUGUGCAUGUGAAUAGUUUGUCUUUGUAGAUAGUAUAGAAAAUGAAUGUUGAAGGUUACUCAAAACCUAAAAAUAAUUGCAUGUAAUUCCUGAAAAACUUUCCAAGCCACAAACAUCACAUUUUAAGGAAUUCGUGUUGAAAGUUUAAUAAAUAUUAGUGUGUUCCAUACAUGUGGGUUGGUCUUCUAAGGCAUGAUAUCAUUUAAAGAGUGACAGUAGGGCUGCCAUUUUUGUCAGUCCGUUAAUAUGAAUCACAUUUUUGUGUUAUUAACUCAAUUUCGUCAUGAUUGUGUUUUGGAAUGUUUUUCUGGAAUUACGUCCAAUUAUUGUACAGACUAUAUUUGUAUAGUUUUUUAAUCUAAUGUAAUUGAUGACUCAUAAGAUAAAGUUAUUUAAAGAGGU